GACUAACUGAUCUCAUAAAUAACCAUGUGGAAGUAUUAUGGGGUUAUAGGGUUAUUUAACUGUGAUUAAACUUUUUUAAAGAUAUGGAUUUAGCUGCAAUGCUGUUGUUCGUAAUGCAACUAAUUUUGGGUUAUGUGAAAGCCCAACCAGUUGUUUCUCCCUCCGGAACUGUGAAUGUUAUUGAAGGGCGAAACUUUACACUGACUUGUUCAUAUGAAAAGAUAUCAACGGAAGAAAGUAGCUUAUGCAGAUGGGAUGAAUUUGUCAACCAAACAGUGACUCCUCUUGUAAAACUUUAUCUCAUGUAUGAGGACGGCGAAUGCACCAAAAUAUACGGAAACGACAGUUUAUAUGGCUAUACGUGCCUUGGAAAUAACAAAUAUGAGAUGACAAUUUACAAUGCCCGUUAUGAUGUAAAUCAUAAUUCCAAAUGGCGUUGUACACAAUAUCACAAUAACCUUUUGGUGGACAGUACUUAUGUGACAAUCAAUGUGAGAGUGGGCAUCACCGAUGUGGUGUUAUUCCCGGAUGGCGACCCUAUUAACGUAAUAGAAAACUCCGAAACGUCAUUGCUGUGCCGAACGUCUGGCGGGUUGCCAGGUGCAGCAGUCAGAUGGUUCAUUCAAAGGUCAGGACAAGUGAAAGAUUUAACCUCGCUCUCUAUUGGCACGUACCAAGAGGCGGGUCACCUCAACGUGACACUGAGCACACUUAACUACACCGCGGUUAAAUUUGACCACACUGGUCAGAUAUAUUGCAGCGCAAACAACGUAGGAGAGGAGAGCAUUUCUGCAAAACGAUAUUUAAAUGUAUUAUAUGGCCCGAUAUCGAGGAAUUUGCAAAACGUGAGUAAGGUCCACGGAGAAAACUUUGUUUACCAGUGUUUGUACUUACCGGGCAAUCCCCCAACUGUUGACUUUGAGUGGACGAGGUCGGGAACCGGCGUCGCUUGGGUCAAGCAAAAUACACCGAAUUUGACUAUCCCAAACGUGCAGCGCAGUGAUGAGACCACUUACACGUGUAAUGUGUCCAGUGUUCUCCGGCCCACGACGACCAUACAGUAUGAUACUGCAACAUUUCAUCUUAAUGUAUUUUAUGGAGCUGAACAUUUGGUCUUACAACUCAACAACAUUUCCAACGCAUCUGUAGAAAUUGAGGAACAUUCUUCAAACCAUAUGCGAUGUUUGCUAGAAAGUGACCCCGGCUCGGAUAUGGCUCUUACAAAAGACGGUAAAACAAUCAUUACAAGAUCUGGUGUACAUCAACUUACACAUGACCUUCAGGCUGAAUGUUCGGACGCUGGAGUGUAUACAUGUACAGGAUACAACCAGUAUGGGGCGGCGGAUAACGCAUCACUCCACUUAUUUGUAAAAUGUUCCGCGAGGCCUUCCGCGGGAGUGACGGUACAGCUUAACUUCACCGCCCGUCAACACGAGAAUGCUACGCUUUUUUACAAAAUAGUCGCAUAUCCAGUGCCAAAGCCUUCACAGUUUGUUUGGAAGCGGUGUACGAAUAGAAGUUCAUGUGAUCUAUUGCCGGAGGACUUUAACAAAUUUAAAAUUAACACAGUACGUCUAUCAAGUAAUUUAACGGUGCUUGACGUUCAGAUCGAAGAUUACGGAAUGUACCAACUGUCAGUUUCAAACGGAGUUGGUGAUAAACUAGUCGAAUGGUUUCAACUUAGACCCGUCGAAAAACCUGAUUCGCCAACGGACUUCCACGUCAUUCAAAGCACCAUAAAAAUGACAACUGCUGUAGUGACAUGGAUUCCCGGAUUUGACGGUGGAUCUCCUCAGGAGUUUCAUAUUUCCUACGGAAAACUAGUUGAUGACAGCGGUUAUUUCAAUAAAGUUGUAAAACACGAUUAUACAAAAAUGAUGUAUUAUACACUUGAAGAUUUAGAACCUGGAACCGAGCACUUUGUUUCAAUCUUUGCGGCAAACGAGGAGGGUUCUACUGACUCGAUAAACGAUACUUUUCAAACACUUGGCCGUUUAUAUGAUCCAAACGAGACUAAUCUAAGUAAUGUCCCUGUUGUUGGAGGGGCGAUUGGUGGAACUGUUGGAGCGAUUAUUGCCGUAGUUGUUGCCUUUGUCAUUCUCAGACGAAAAUACUCACUAAAUAUCAACGUAUCUCUGAGUAGGAAAAGUGCUGAUCCUGAUGCGAAACCCGUAUCUGGUACAGACAACCCCGGAUUUAAAGCAGCCCAUACGUACGAGGAACUGUCCAUGAUAACAGUUUCAUCUGUUUACGAUGAGCUUAAAAAUGAUGACAAUGGGUAA